AUGGGCAGCAACAUCGAAAAGCUCAACAAGAACAUGCUCGAGUGGAAGGAGACAAAGUCGACCGUGACCCCGAUUUCCUCGAUCAGCGAUGCAACCCAUGCUCUGAACCUGUCGCUCGGCUCACUCGGUGCCUUGAACCCGCUUGGAUCUGCAUCUGCACACCCGCUCACCGCGACAGCAUCGUCUUUGACUGCCACCGAUCCCAACGUCUUUGCGCCGUUGUUCAACGCCCAGCUGAAGGCCCUCUCCGAGAAGACCGGUUUGGAUUACAAGGUCAUUCCCUACGACACGCACUUUGAUAUCGUUGUGCAGAAGAAGAACCCAUUCACCGCCUAUCGAACUCCAAUGGCCCAUCCGUGGUACUCGCUCACUGCCGACCAGCAAACCUUUACGGGCGAUUUGCGAGGCAAGAUAUUGAACUCGGUCAAGCUGAACGACUGGGCCCAGAUGACAUACCCACACUGGGAUACUGCUGAGGGUUGGCUGAAGCGCGGUAUUCCCCCUCCUCCAAAGGGAUGGGUGCCCGGUCAGAUCAUCAUGGACGAUAGCGAGGUUCAGGAGAUCUACAAGUUUGUCUCGGAAACUAUGCUCAAGAAGGCCGAACAACCACUGAUGGAUUUCCUUUCCGAUGUCGGCAACAGAAAGGUCAUUGGAUACCACGCGUUUGCCGGCGGACUGAUCCCCAAGGAGAACCGCAUUUCAGGGGCCAACAACGACAAUGCCAAAACCCUCCAACUUGCCAACGAUGUCGUCAAGGCGCUGAGCACUGCCUUCGAUAAAGUCAUUCCAAGUUUGCUCAGUAUGGGUAUUAUCAAUGCAGACGCUGCCGGAGGCGCUAAGCGCACGCUUAAGGAGUUUUUCAUGUCAUGGGGAUUCACCAUGAAUUCCUCGAAUAUCGUGAGCUCUGUCAUGAAUGCAUUCAAUAAAUCACUCAGUAAAAUCCAUAGAACCGGUGAUAUGGAACCCUUUACAAACGCCGAUGACCGCCAAAAGUUGAUGUACAGCUACGCAAAUGCUGAUGCCCAAGCGGCUGCUACAACUCGCAAGGCCGUUGACUAUGAAACUAAGAGAAGUCAAACGGAUAAUCUGGAUUACUAUGCUGAUGUCUAUCUUAAGGACCAUAUUGAUACCUAUGCCAACCUCAUGUUCCAGAUGUGUGCGUUGACUGGCAUCCUACUCGCAUAUACCUUGGUCCAAGAGAAGGCCGAUGAGCUGAUUACCCAGCGCAAGAGAGACGGUUCUCUCGAUAUUACCCGCUUCAUCGGUAUCAAGAAAACCCAACUCUAUGAAGAUAUGGAGACCUUGAGCUCUGGUGGAGUUGUUUACAGCGACAGAGCAGACAAAUCAGAAUGGCACAAUCCCGAGACAAUUAAAAAGAUCAUCAUCAAAGUUCGUGAAUUGACACCAGCGAGAGCUUGAUUUGCUUCACAUGUCCAUCCAUCAGGAGCUCAAGCAGGUUGAAAAAAAAUAUCAGUAUAGAGAUCAGCCGGUGGCGUCAUUUUCAUCCUUUCCUCAUUCAUGAUCAUCGUGCUGGGAUACUACGACCGAAGCAACCUGGGCGACGACAUCUUUGCCCGCAUGUGGCCAUGGCUUUUGCAGCAAGUCACCACUGACGACGUCUACGUUGGCAGCCUCGAAGACCCCAUAGAACAACUUCCUCUGACCACGCCCAGGUGUAUCAUCUUGGGCGGGGGUGAUCUGAUCAACGAGUACUUUCUGAAUAGGCUGGUUGCUGUCGUUUAUUCACGAUAAAACCGAAC